CGUCAACAGGCACGCCCUUGCGACGCGCCGCCAUUUUGAUGACCGAGGCUGAGGCUAAACGGAAAGGCAGCUCGUAACAUCGGCGCACAGCGCACAGUAACAUCGGCGUCCGCCAUUUCGCUAGGGAGUUCGAUACUAGAAGCACGGCCUAGAGAUCGUCGUCCUGUCGCGUUCUUCGGAUUUCCAUCCGCACGAAGUGACCGGUCGCGGAAAGAAAGAACUAUUUUAGUAAUUUUACGCCUCGAUCUUUGAUUUGGCUUGAAUAUUCCCGGCGUAAUUUAGAGAGUUAGAAAGAAACGUGCCGAGGCAUGGAGAAGUCGCCGCGACCCGUGGCAAUCAUCGGUCCCGACCAGACGGUGAUAUGCGCGAACCUGCUGACUACGCCGCCCCCGCGGCUGACUCCAACCGGGAAGAUUAGCCACGCGAAGACUCGAGUUUAUACGCAACGCUAUAGGAAGGAAUGGGAACAGAUGUCUGAUUUCAAAGGAUGGUUGACUUCAGUGCCCUGUCAACCAACUCGUGCUUAUUGUUUAUAUUGCAAGAAAAAUCUUCACGCACAUCGUUUGUCACUGCUGAAACAUACAUGUACGAUGAAACAUCAGCGUUCGGCUUUAGCACACGAAUUGGAAGAAAAACAAGCACGGAAAGCAGAAGCCGAAGCACCCGAAGUAGCGCUUAUAGAAGAAGUUGAGAUUGCUGUAGUUAAUAUGGAACAGGAAGGAGAAAAAGAAAUUGAGGAUAGCCAAUCCAGUGAAGAUUCUAAAUCUGUAAUAAAGAAAAUCAAAUUAAUGCCUGAGCAAAAAUGUCGAGAUCCUUUGGCAGAGGCUAUGGCCCAUGUUCAUAAUGAAUAUCUCGAGGAAGAAGAGGACAAUAUCCAGAUGGAGAUGGUAGUGGAAUCAGCUAAUGAUGACAUGCCCAGUCUACAAAUUGAAUCGGAUGAUAUUGAGAAAACACCAAAAUUACAGGAAGAUGAGAAACUGGAUAUUAAAAUCAAUAAGAAUGACAAAGUUCUUGAAGAUGACAUUAAAGACUCUCUUGUUGUAAACUCAUCAUUACCGGUAUUGAAUACAUCUUAUCAGACAAGUAUCUUGACAAAUACUGUACCUACUCAGAAUGCGAUGAGUUUUGUGCCAAUCACGCCAAAUAUGAAAACUUCAAAGACUAUUACUUUGAUGUGCGGUAACAAAACAUUUACAUUAACUGGUGGUACUUUUCAACCGGGUACACAAUAUGUAUUGACCAAACUUAAGGGUAAGCCUGGCACAGUAAUGUUGACUGAUCAAAAGAAGGUCAUCCCGUUAAAUGAGUCAGACAAAACUAUAAUAGAACCAGUUGUGUCCGACAACAAUCAGUCGUCGACUGUUCCUGACACUAGUCAACAAUCAACUGUUGUCAAUCAACAAUUGCCUGGCCCCAAAUCAUCUAAAAAGAAUACUGUUUUGGGAAAACAAUCGAUAAAAACCACACCGUCGAAAAAGUUGCGCAUUUCUACAUAUGUUGUUGAUAAUGUUAAAGGACUUCCAAUUAGCGGAUUGCAAGUUAGCUUAUACAAACUGAUGGAUGGUAAAUGGACUUUUUUGAAUGAGAACAAUACAAAUGUUGAUGGCCAUUGUAAUGAUUUGGUGGAGAAAGUGAAUGGAACAAUUGGCCGUUAUAAAAUACAUUUUGACGUUGAUAAGUAUUUUACAUUGAAAAGAGUAGAUACUAUGUUUCCGUUUGUGGAGGUUGUAUUUGAUGUGAGAAACACAAAUGCUCACUAUCAUAUACCUCUUUUAUUGAGUCCAUUUGGUUAUACAAUCUAUCGAGGCACAUAAAUAAGAUAUUCUAUUGAAUAUAUUUCCUUUUACACAAAGGGAAAUGCGGGUAAACAAGUUUUAUUUCAGUUUAUUUUUAAAAAUAUGAACUAUUUUUACACUGUAAAAAUAGUUAAAAUAAA